AUGUGGUUUAUAAUUGUUUGUUUGGUGAUACUCACAAAAAUUUUGUACGACUGGCGUCGCCCAUCAACAUUUCCUCCAGGACCCCGCGGUCUACCGAUCGUGGGAAACAUACUCGACGUAAAACGUCUGGUCGAUGAGACGAAGUUUUAUUCUCAUGCCUGGUGUCGGUUAGCCGACAUUUACGGACCUAUCGUCGGUUUGAAACUCGGCAUAGCUGAACCGCUGAUCAUUGUUUCCGGUAAGGAUGCGGUAAUCGAAAUGAUGAGUCGACCUCAGUUUGACGGCAGACCUAAUGGAUUUAUACAUAAACUUCGCACGGGGGGUAAACGGAGGGGUGUAUUAUUUACCGAUGGCGAUAUUUGGCGAGAUCAAAGAAGAUUUGUUCUGAAAACAUUGAAAGAGUUUGGAUUUGGAAAUGUUACGAUGGAGGACAUAAUAUUAAACGAUGCGAUUUCCUUAACAAGUACGAUAGAAUCGCUGGCUAAAUUGGGACCCAUUACCAAUUUGUACAAUAUUACCUCCAUAGCUGUUCUCAAUAAUUUAUGGACAUUAGUCGCUGGAACUCAAUUUGACUUGGAUAAUUCGAAAUUAACAGAGAUUUUAUCAGUGGUAAACGAGAUUACAAGAAAUACUAACGUCACUGGUGGUAUAUUAACCCAUUUACCAUUUUUAAGAUAUUUUACUCCAGGAUUAACUGGAUUUACUGCACUAAAUCAAAAAUGGACACGAAUGUGGCAAUUCAUUAGGACCGAAAUAAUGAAGCACAAACAAACUAGAACACAUGGCGAAUUCAGAGAUUUUAUCGAUGUUUAUCUAGCGGAAAUGGACAAGCAAUCAAAUUCUUCUAUAUCGUCUUUUGAUGAAGAACAAUUAAUUAGCGUUGUAAAAGACCUUUUUACUGCUGGAGUGGAAACGACAAAAAACACAAUUGGUUUCAUAAUUACGUAUCUUGUGGUGAAGCAAGAUGUGCAAAGAAAAGUACAUGAAGAAAUCGAUAGAGUGCUUGGAACGGAAAUUUUACCUCGCAUAGUAUACAAAAAUCGAUUGCCGUACUUAAACGCAAUAAUAGCAGAAGUAACGAGAUUGGCGAACGUCGGUCCUACUUCAAUUCCUCAUCGAGCUAUGACUGACUCCACUCUACUAGGCUACGAGAUAAAAAAAAAUUAUACUUUACUAGCUAAUCUGCGAAGCGUACAUAUGGACGAGCAGCAUUGGGGCGAUCCAAAAGAAUUCAGGCCCGAAAGAUUUAUUAAUGAUAAAGGAGAAUAUAUCGAGGAUCCCUGGUUAAUACCGUUCGGCUUAGGUCAUAGAAAAUGCUUGGGCGAGAUUUUGGCGAAAAACAACAUAUUUCUGUUUACUGCGUGUCUAUUACAGAAAUUUCAGUUCGUGUUACCUUUAGGACAUCCCAAUCCUAUUUUAGAAGGCGUCGAUGGUUUCACAAUCGCACCACCUCACCUAAGUGUUGUUGCUAUAAAAAGAAAAUAA